ACGGCCUCGAUAGUCAUUAUAAGUAUGAAGCUGGUCCAAUAACUCAAAAUAAUUCUGAUCUAAUUUAGAAGUGAUAAGUGGUGAGGAUUGUACACAUAAACUAUUGGAUUCUCGCUCGCUCUGUGAUGGAAUAAUCGAAUACGGAGGAACUGAUUCUUACGUCUGCAUGCUCGCGCUACGAUGUCACGAAUUGACUUAUACUUUUUCGACGGCCAGCGAAAGAAGAAGAAGUGGAAACGCUAUCGCAAACCUCCCGAGCUUUUGCCUUUUUCUGUACGGCUAACGGGACUCAGUGGAGCUGUGAGGGUAGAGGCAUAUCUCAAGCAACAGAGAGCAGGAGAAAAUAAACCCAAGGAACCUGCAGCUGAGAAAAUAGUCCCAGAGUCAAAAUCUGAAAUCAGUGCAGAGGAGAAUCCGGGACAAGCCGGCGGUGAGCAAAACCAGGUUGUUCUAAACAACCUCUACAAACUAGGCAACGAGUUAAAGGAGGAAUUCGGAGACAAGAAACUCGACAAAAAAGCACUUCGUUUACCCAAUAUUAGCUUUAAAAAUUUACAAGGAAAUUCGGGGAUUAAAAGCUUCGAACAGCUCGAAGGAGACGACGAGGAGGAAAACACGCAACGAUUUCUAUUUGAAGAAAAUAAAUUCGCAGCUCCAAACUUAUUAGCGCAAUUAGCCAAACUUCUUGAUUUUAUUCACGGCAAACAGGUUGAGGAGUUGGAAGAUAUCUUGUCCACGAGUGGACAGUUAGCUGACGAUUUUAAUCCGGCUCUUAUUGUCGAAGAGCCGGAGAAUGAAGUUUCAGAAACUUUAAAAGCUGGUGGUGUUGUGGUUGCCUUACCGGACGAACUCCGAGGCCGUCUAUUGAAUAACUUCGACGGGCUUAGCUCAAAUGCAGUUUACGUCAAAAGAGAAUGGCAAACUACCAGUUAUAGAGAACAAGCUAUUCUACAAAAACGCUUAGGUUUUACUCCAAUAGAUUCACAGCGAAAUUUGUCAGAGGGACAAAAACAGCCGGAUACAAAAAUUGCAAUGUCAGUUACGAAAAGUGACGCCGCGGAAAAGACAAGAGCUAGCGAGUCUAAAGACUCGAUAAAAAAGAAAAAGUCUGAGCAAAUUGUUACUGAAAACACCAAAAGAGAUAUGGACUCAGAGAUCCCUGGGACGCCAGCAACACUCGAUUCGUCUUUUGAAGGCCCGCAGAUCCUGAACUACCGAAGGGAUUCACGGAGUUCAACAAUGAUGACUUCGAGACCCAGGACUCGACUAGAGCGCUUCAAAUACUACUCUGACAAAUCAGAUGGCAAUAAAAUAUAUACGAAAAAGAUAAGCAGCAGUAGUCAGUUUUUAGCUGCCAACCAGAAGAUCAAUGUUGGGCCCCAUGAGCACUACGGAGAUGACGAACAGGAGAGAGACCUCAAAGAUGUGUCUGAUGUACCCUCUGUGCACAACACAGGACAACCAACCAGCAUCAACUUCUCACUGCUGUCAAGGACUUGUGAGGACAAAGGAUGGAUCAUACACCCUGCUGAGGCAAACGACCUUGAGCGUCAGACACUGAUCGAGUGGGCCCGAGCAAGACUCCUCCAGUCAAUCAAAGAAAAGGAGGAGGCACUCCAAAAAGCUAAGGAACUGGGUGAAGAUGGACCUGUAGUGCAGAAAUUUUAUGGUGAUGCACAAUUAGAAGCAGCCAUGAAGUACAAGAAAGGAGUUUCCUGGGCUAAACGAUGGAAGAAGAUAUCUGAAGAUGACAAGAGAAUGAAGUUUCUGAUUACUAUACCAGAUGGAACUUCAUAUUGCUAUUAUCCAUCUGGCAGAGUUGCUAUCUGUGUAAUAUAUCCAGGAACUGGAUUGCCAGGAAAGUAUACCCUUGUGUAUGGCGACAGUGAGAGCCAGCCAUUAUUGGGUGUCUUUACCCCUUCAGGACAUGGGUGCACAUAUCAUAAUGAUGGCAGCAUUAAUUUCGUGGCAACACACAAAUUCGGCUCUGUCAUAGAAGAAGAUGGUACUACACAGAAGAAAUGGAAGUGGCCUUUGGGAAAGCUGCAGUCCGCAGUAGUUGUGCAUUUGAACACGAUGAUUUCUCUGCGCUGUGUCAGCCAUUCCAGCAUCACACUAUACUACAACUGUCAAAGCGAACACUUAAAGUUUCAAGUUGGCUUAGUAUCCGGAGCAAAGGCCUUUAAGGUGGAAGAUUUGGGCUAUCUUCAAACCGAGCACAACUUCACUUCGCUAUCUGCACUUCAGUCUAUCAAAGUCAAACCAAAAAAGAAGGAAGGGAAGCGCAAACGAGCAGCGAAACAAGCCAAAGCGGAUGUUAUCUCAGAAGAAGUCUUGGAGCAGAGGCAGAAAGAGCUUGAGGAAAAAUUCCCCGAGCGUCGAGAAUUAGAAACUGACGCUCCGUGGCAAAUGGACUUGUUCCGACUGCAGCGUAAAGUCAAAAAUCUUGUGUAUGACUGGAUGGAACACUACCGUAUUUCCGUUGGAAUAACCGCCCCAUUCCGCGCCUCAUCGCGCGCACAGCGUCGGCGCUCUCUCGCACACUCGGCCCGGUCCCUUCCUGGAUCAAUGCCGUCCGAUAGGGACCUUGGACGGAAGACCCCUCAAGGGCGUUCUCCCUCAGCUCCUCCUAUUCCACGUGCAAAGGCGCUGACGAGGUCCCAGGAAGACAAUAAAUCCCAGUCUCCGCAGCGAGCUUGCAGUUCCACUAGCCAGGGCAAGACGACGAGGAAUAUUACAGGGGAGGGCACGAGGCGGUCUGUCACUGUUGAUAUAGCGGGGGCUGACGGGAGGAGCACGACGUACGGAAGAGCACAGUCAACUACAAGCGGAUCACCAGCUCACAGUCUAUCACCGUCUCGUGCGCCCUUCCGCUGUGGCGUUGUACAACAGCCCCGCCCUACCACACCACCAAGAACAGGCUGUUGUCUCGCUCUACGUGCGGAAGUGCUCGGUGAGAAAGACCCCCAGUGUCGCUGCGAUCGGCGUAAGAUUCCUGUCAUCACCGACUUGGAGUAUGACGUAUUUAUCAGUGAUCACGUGCCUCGCACGCAGCUCGUCGUGGUCAGCGUCACGUCAUCCUUGUAUCCAGAUGCCAACCCGUGUGAUUCAAUGCUUGAUCAACUUUACUACGAGAAAAACAGAAAUAGAUCAAUUCCAUGUGUUCAGGCUCGUAACGACCCCUAUAUACUACUGAGAUACGACAUAUCUACCGCUGCCCAGUUCUCAUCGCACACGCAGCCUUUGCUGCUAAGGCGGCAUAACGCCGUGCCAGGCAUGUUUCUGAUGUACACAGGUGGGAAGCUGCUAUUUGCGGACCACAUCUUCAACGGAUAUGGAAACGCCAAAAGAGAUUUCCUAAAACAGAUCACGCGCACGCGAAAAGAAGCACUUGAGGGCAAAGCGUUACCAUCAGACUUCAGACUCAGCCCCACCCGCGGCCGGUCAGGUCCGCGGGCAGCCUGGGGCGGAGAGAUCGGAGGUGUGAAGAUGACGUCCCCACCGCAAUCGGCAAGUGUAGAUCACGCUGCUGCGAGCAUAACCAGAAUAAGAUCCGGGAUAUCUAAUGAAACUUACUCGUCUACCACGAUAGAUCUGAGGGGCGGAGGCCAUUCUGCUGCAAGCUUUGUCAAUCUUGGGCUGUCAAUUAAUAGCCCGUAUCCAAUAGCGACAAAGAGAAUGGAUUCGAUUCACAACCCAGUGCGAGAUGUACACACUGUGGCGUAGAUCUCGACAAUAGAAACCAUAAUUAUUAUUUUUUGUCCAAAGUAUUUAAAACCCCUGCCACAGUUAGAAUAUAUUAUAUAUAAAAGGUGUACAUAUCUAUAGUUUAAAUGUAUAAAGUGUUAAUAAAAAAGAGAUUGGUA